GGGUAAUAAGCGAGAAAGAAAGGAGAAAGGAGCGCAGCAAGAGGAGAGAUGGCGGCGAGGCGCGGGCGCGAAUGGGACGGGGACGAGCUGGGCGCGCCGCCGUCGACGCCGCUCGCUGCGCCCGUCGUCUGCCUCCUGCGCUCCGCCGGGGACCUCGCCGCCGGCGCCUUCGUCGGCUCGCUCGUCGGAUACGGAAAAGGUUUGAUCACGAAUCAAGGUAUGAAAGCUUCACUCAGCAACGCUGGAUCCUCUGCCAAGACUUUUGCAGCUCUGGCUGGUGUCCAAAGUAUCAUCAUGUGCUUGUUGAAAAGACUGCGGGGGAAAGAUGAUUUUAUCAAUGCUGGCGUGGCUGGUUGUUCCACAGGCCUUGCUUUGAGCUUUCCAGGUGCACCGCAAGCAAUGUUCCACAGCUGUGUCACCUUCGCGGCGUUCUCCAGCAUAAUGGACGGGCUCAACAAGCAGCAGGCCGCAAUGGCGCUCACACUUGAGCGGAACUCUUUGACAGAGAAGCGUCAGGAGGGUGGUGUUCUCCCACCGUUUACACUUCCGCCACUUCUGGAUGCUUCAGACGCGUUAGGUUCAUUCUGCCAGACCUUGCUCAAGCGCAAGCACUAGACUCUGCUCAAUUCGGACCCCCAAACGUGUAGUUUCUCUAUCUGGGCUCGUUUAGCAUUCUGGAUUUCUGAACAGUGAUGUAGCGCAUUUUUGGUGUCGAGCUUGAUCGAGUAUGGUAACAUCAAUUUUUGUAUCUAGUCUUGUUGAUUCAGUUUUGUAACAAGCUUAACAAAGAGAUAACGAUGACAUGACUGUUUUUCAUCAGAGAGAUUCUACUUCUGUCCAGUCAUCAUGUUAAACCGGCAGAAUGGCACGUAUUUGUUCUUGGCAAAAUAAAUGGUAAACAUGGAAUUCGCAUUUUCAUCGAA